GAGGAGAGACAGAGACAAGGAGAAGGAGAGGGAGAGGGAUAGGGACAGGGACAAGGAGAAGGAGAAGGACAGGGAGAGGAGGGAUAGGGAAAAGGAGAAGGAAAGAGAUAGGGAAAUGGAGAGGUCGAAGGAAAUGGAGAGGUCAAGGAGGAGCCGAAGCAGGUCCAGGCUCGAUCGUGAAAGGGAGAGAGAGUUGAUCAGGGAACGAGAGCGCGAGCUCGAGAUGAGGGAAAGCAGAUGCAUCUUAAUGGGCUAACAUGCGGAAACUUCUUCACGGCUUGUCUGAAGAAAGUGGCUUUUCCACAUAUUGGUUUUGAUAAGGUUGGCAACGCAUGUGGUGAGGCUGUAUCAGUUUUCCAGCCUUUUGUUCACUGUGAAGACGAAAAUGCCUUAUCCCCAUAAUUCUUGUUCCCUCUUUGCAGUGAAACAGGGACCAGAAUAGCAAAUCCUCUGUUUGAAUGACUUUUUUGAUUCAAAAUAUCAGUGAACUCGAGUGUCCUAAUGAACACAAUCUUAAUUGAAGUAUAAAUAAUCAAUGGUCUUAAAUCAUCCAGAAUAGUGAUUGGAGUGAACUUAUGAAGGUUAUUCCAGUCAUUUUCCUUGCUGAAAUCAUAAGCCAGAUUUUAGGUUUCUGGUUUACUUCUUGUUAUCCCCCCUGUUUUUCUUUGAUAUUCCUUCUAAUCUUAAUUGUACUUAAGCUUAAAACUGUUUUUUAAUUUGAGUCAUCCAUUGCUGUUGGGUAGAAGUGACUUGGUCUACAUGAAUAAGGGGGCUUUAGUUGACAAUUAGCGAAAACAUUUAGUUUCUAAUCUGCUUGUUAUUGAAGGUGGAUUGCUAAUGAAGUAUAAAAAUUUGCUAAGCAUUGAAAAAUGAUGUGCUUGUUCUCACUCUCUUGCUGACCACUGGCUGAGGAACUUUAUACAAUCAUAGUCUAGAAUGUUUUAUGUUUAUACUUGUUAAAUUUGAAGUUGGUAUUCGUUUUUGGUAUUUCUGUUAUCAAAAAGUUUGAUUUAUGGAAAAGUAGGGUGCUGGCUUGGAAUUUAAGGAGGUUGAUUAUCUCUGUGGUAGGGAGGAGAACAUGAUGUUGAGGAGAUUUAAAGAAAAGAAAGAAGCGGUGGAACCUGAGGCUGACCCAGAAAGGGAUCAGAGAACAGUAUUUGCUUACCAGAUGCCCUUGAAGGCAACUGAGAGGGAUGUUUACGAGUUUUUCUCAAAAGCAGGAAAGGUGAGGGAUGUACGUCUUAUCAUGGAUCGAAAUUCGAGGAGAUCAAAAGGAGUUGGGUACAUUGAGUUCUUUGAUUCCAUGUCUGUGCCGAUGGCAAUUGCUCUAUCUGGGCAUCUACUUCAUGGACAGCCUGUUAUGGUUAAACCAUCAGAGGCAGAAAAGAACCUUGUUCCAUCAAAUGCUUCCAGUAAUUCAAGCGUUGUGGGCCCGUAUGGUGCAACAGAUAGGAAACUCUAUGUUGGAAAUUUACAUUUCAACAUGACUGAAUUUCAGCUUAAACAGAUUUUUGAAGCAUUUGGGCCCGUUGAACUUGUACAGCUGCCUACUGAUCCUGAGACUGGACACUGCAAAGGUUUUGGCUUUGUUCAAUUUGCUCAACUAGAACAUGCAAAGGCUGCGCAAGUUCUAAAUGGGAAAUUGGAGAUUGCUGGUCGAACUAUUAAGGUUUCAUCUGUUACGGAUCAUGUUGGAGUGCAAGAUUCAGGGCAGAAAACUGCCGAUUUUGAUGAUGAUGAUGGGGGUGGAUUGGCUUUGAAUGCUCAAUCAAGAGCAAUGCUAAUGGCAAAACUGGAUCGCAGUGGGAUUGCGUCAAGUGUUGCUGGUUCCCUUGGAGUACCUGCGCUUAAUGGCGCAACUCCUGCACAACAAUCCAUAACCAUGCCCAUGGUUGCACCUACAGCAAUGUCUGCUCCGGUACUUCCAGCACAAGUUUUAAUGCCCCCAGAGCCCAUUGGCAACCCAAGCGAGUGUUUACUUUUGAAGAAUAUGUUUGAUCCUGCAACUGAGACGGAUCCAGAAUUUGAUUUGGACAUCAGGGAUGAUGUGCGUGAAGAAUGUUCAAAGUAUGGCCCGGUGAAGCAUAUCCUUGUGGACAAGAAUAGUUCUGGUUAUGUUUAUUUGCGCUUUGAGAAUGUGGAGGCUGCAGCACGUGCUCAACAAGCCAUGCACAAGCGAUGGUUUGCUCGCCGAUUGAUUUCAGCAAUCUUCUUGCAACCAUAUGAAUAUGAUGCAAAAUUUAAAGGGGCUGCUUGAUACUGUUCCGCAUGCUGGAAUCAAUGUGGAUGGAGUACAACCUUAAAGUGGAGUUGCUGAGCGUGUUUGCUUAUGGUUUCAUUACGAUGUGGAUUACAAUAACUCUACUUGCUUCACAUGUAUAAUUUGGUUUUAGAUUUGGUUAUUGUUAUGUGGUGGAUGUGUAUACAAUUUGAUCGAUUAUUUUCCCUUUGAAAUGUAGUACCGAAUAUUUUUAUUAGCAUGAUAGCAAAUGUUGUUGGGAUGGUU